GUCCCGUGACCCCUGAAACAUCUCUGAAAACCCUGUACAUACGUAGACUUAUAAUGUAUCCUUAAAAGAAAGUAAACGAAAUGCAUUUUGUGCAUACACCGUAUAAUUUUUGCAUCCCCAUCUUUCAGAGAAAACGCGCAUUUAUACAAAUGCAGAAAUGGUUGUUCUUUCAUAUUUAGUAAACGCGUUAUGGGAGUAUAGACCGAGUUUAGUACAAUUAGUAAAUAAUUAUAUAUUGUUUGUAACAUAAAUAUAUUAUGUUUGGUGAUAAAUUAUUCUUCAUAAAGACAGUGUUUUUAUUGUGUUGUUUAAGUGUGUCCGUAUCAGAAAGUUCACGAAGUAAAAAAGAUGUCCAUCAUAUGAUUAUAUUAGAUGGAAAGAAAACUAGUCCAAGGUACACAAAAUAUGUUCGUCACAAUCUUGCCAAAACGAAAUCUGCGAGGAGACCAAGUAUAAUAGAUGAAGAUAAUAUUACCUCAGCAACCAGCUUUGAACACGAUAUAUCUCAAGAGCUAAUAUCUAAGAAAAAAAAACAAAGAUAUCGUCAUCUAAAAACCCACCAACAGAAAAAUAAGAAGUAUAAGAAAGAAAAUCAAAAUAAAUUCAACCACCUUAAUUCAGAAAGUUUAGAAUUUACAUCAAAUCAAAACAUGUACAGCGCUCCACACGGCAAAUGGAUACCGGUUGAUUCUCAAGAAAUAAUAUAUAACAUGGAUAACAUUCAAAACACGGCAAACAGUUACAUAAGUGGCAGGAUAAUAUAUCCUGACCAAAUCGACAUAACAACGUUAAGACCUGUUUAUUUUAACAUGCAUGAUGACAACCUAUAUCCAUCAUUUAAUAGAAAUUACUAUCCAUAUAACAUAAAUCAGAAUCAGCAGAUAUACACUACUCAGCAACCUGCUAAGAACACGUAUACAACAAAUCAACAUUUGUAUCAAUACACAACGAAGGAGAAAUACGAAACAGCAAAGAAUAUACAACCAAUCCGAGGACAUCAUCAGCUGUCUCCAAGUAAUAUUGUUACUAUUAAGUAUGAUAUUAUUAAUCAAGAAGACAAAAUAAAGCAAUCUGAUAAAAAUGAACUUGAUAUAAAUACUACCGAAAGUCCACAACUAAAGAAUGAUUACAGCAAUCAAAAUAUAUCGAAACAGUUGCCAUUUGGUGCAAGAACACGGAUCAAAAUAAAAAAUUAACAUUCACUACAUUAUUUAUAUACCUACUUACUUAUUAAAGCUUAUUUAUAUUAAUUUUAUUGUUUUCUGGCCUCUGUAAAUUCUGUACAUAGAGAUAAAUAUAUUAAAUAAUUUUAAUUACAGAUCUAGACUCAACAUUUUUUUUGUUAUUUAAUUUUUAUGCUACAUUUUAGUUUUCUUUUUUGUAUCUUUUAGAUUUUCAAUUGAUUUUUUU